AUGUCGUCUAACAAGCGGCGUUCUAUGCUGCCCGCCGUCUCCAACACCGGCCCAAAACCACCAGUCAACUUUUCCUCCUCCCUCACAGUCUCGGACAGCGCGAUUCUGGUCGGAACCCACUCGAUUACGAUACAAUCCGAAAGCGUAUUGCACCCCCGGUCGAAGCUCGAGUCUACGAAUGGCAGCAUCCUCAUGGGCCGCCGCUGCAUUGUUCACGAACGAGUACACAUCGGCGUCGUGGGAAACGAAGAGGUCAGCGGAGGCAUCGUGCUCGGAGAUUACGUGACGGUGGAAGUCGGCGCCAUCAUCGAGGCGGGAAACACAGAGAUCGGACCGGACUCGGUGAUUGGAGUCCGAUCUCGGAUCGGACACGGAGCUGUCAUCGGCAAGAACUGCACGAUAUCACCCCUUACGACCAUCAAGCCUGGCGAAAAGGUCCCAGACUUCACCGUGGUGUACGCGAAUGGCCAGAGGCGGACCGAUCGACGAGGAGUCGCAGACUUGAAGCACAAGGCGCAAGCCCGACAGAUUGAUGUGCUGAGGAGAUUGAUACCCAACAAGGCCGAAAAGUGGCUGAGUUAA